AUGUGCCGGGCCGCCAUUGACCUGCUUGAUCGUAUGCUGGCUUUCAAUCCUUCUACACGUAUCACCGUUGAGGAAGCUUUGCAGCAUCCCUAUCUGGCGUCCUUCUACGACCCUAAAGAUGAGCCUGUGGCCGAUCGUCCAUUCGAGUUUGAGGAGGAGCUGGAUAACGUCCCAAUCCCCGUGCUCAAAGAGCGAAUGCUGAAGGAAGUAAAUGAGUUUCCUCCCUACCUGUUUUGGCUUACGUUACUUCGACUUCAGAUUGCUGGCAAACCAUGCAAAGAUGACCACGUACCCCUGCACACAUACCCGCCGUCCUCCGUGCUCGUCCUCCUCUCUGUGCGGCCAAAGUUCUGGACUCGAUAUGUUGACGAUACCUUCGUCAUCAUUGAGCUGGAGAUGGUCCAGGAAUUCCACGAUUUCCCUAAUUCGAUUUUGCCCGACAUUCAGUUCACGAUGGAGGCCAAAACAGACAGCCAACUAACGUUCCUAUAUGUUCUUGUCCACCGAGAACCCAACGGGUACCUAUAA